AUGGCGUGCCAGCUUGUCGGCGCCGUGGCAACGGGACGGGUAUACGAGUCGCUGCAUGAGCGGCAAGGCCUCUCCGAGAUGGGUCUGGGCACCGGGGGUCACCUCAGGGUGGACGGCUCGUGGUACGAGGUCAUGCAGCUGGACUUUGAGGUGGACAACGUCAUCAACCUGGUGCCCACCCAGACACUCCACUGGCAGGUGGAGUACCGCCCGCCGCCAGCGGGGGGCCAGAGCCCUCCCACCACGGAGAGGGCCACCCACCUCUACAUCGGCAACGCAGACAUACAGGGCAUCGUACCACUGGCCGAGGACACAGAUGUGGUGAACACGGCCAUUCUUACUGGCCGCCGCGUCUCCCUGCCGGUCAAACUGGUUACCGUGGAAACGGACGGCCGAGUGAGGGAGGUGGAUGACUCAGUCACCUGCAGCUCCACAGACAUUGAUGUGGUCAAGGUGUCUCCCGGCUGUGACCAGGUGCUGGUGAACGGUAAGGAGAUGCGGGGCCGUCAGUCCCUGGCGGUCAACUUCACCUACCUGCACCUGACGGCCGUGCUGCGGCUCAGCGUCUGGGUGCCGCGGCUCCCCUUGCAGAUCCACGUCUCCGACACCGAGCUCAGCCAGGUCAAGGGCUGGAGGGUGCCCAUCGUCACCAACAAGAGACCCACUCGGGACAGUGACGAUGACGAGGAAGACGAGAGGAAGGGAAAAGGCUGUGCCCUCCAGUACCAGUACGCUCUGGUCCGGGUGCUCACCCACUUUGUGGCCGAGCCCGCCGACCCGGGAGGGGACAUGGUGUACAUGCUGGGAAGCGGCUGGCAGGCGGACAUCACAGACCUGGUACUGGACCAGCUGAAGGUGGAGCACCCUCGUAUCGCCAAACUGAUAGAAGGACGCAUUCUGAUGGGCAGGGACCUGGGAAUCACCACCAUACAGGUGCUGUCACCUCUGUCUGACUCCAUCCUGGCAGAGAAGACCGUCACCGUGCUGGAUGACAAGGUGACCAUCACAGACCUGGGGGUGCAACUGGCGGCGUCCCUGUCUCUCAGCCUGACGGCCUCCCCCGGGGGGAGCUACCAGGCUAUCACGCUGACCGCCAGCGCUACCGACCUGCUGCACGCCCCCAAACAGGAGGCGGCGAUCACAGCGUGGAUCCAGUACAGCGACGGCUCGGUGACGCCGCUGGACAUCUACGACCCUAAAGACUUUCUCCUGUCGGCGGUGUCCCUGGACGAGGGAGUUAUCUCCACCAUCAACCAGGAUCAGCGCUGGCCCACGGUCGUGGCGGAGGGGGAGGGCCAGGGCCCGCUGGUCCGCGUGGAGAUGGUCAUCUCCGAGACCUGCCAGAAGUCCAAGAGGAAGAGCGUGCUGGCCUCCGGCGUGGGCAGCGUCACGGUGAAGUGGGGCCCGGCCAGCGAGGAGAAGGGCAGCGAGGAGGCGGCGGGAGGCCGGGCGCAGGAGGAGAGCGGCGGAGGAGGAGCAGCAAGAGGCGUGGACAACAGCACCAGAAGCAAGGUGGAGAAGGAGGGAGGAGAGUGGAAGUACAACAACGCCGGCUCGGAACGAGAGGAGGGAGCCAUGAGGAAGGUCACCACCACUACCAAGAGCACAGUGACCCAUCGCACAGCGGGCGGUAAGCCAGGCAGCGGAGGGGGCAGCAGCGGCAGCAGCAGCAGUGGUCGUGGCGGAGGCCCCGGACAAACCGGGGACUAUAGUAGCUACCCUGCCCAAGUGGAGGUGCCCGGAACUGGGGAGAACAACGUGGUCACGAGAGGCCUUUCAGACCUGGAGAUCGGGAUGUACGCUCUACUGGGAGUGUUUUGCUUGGCCAUCAUGGUGUUUCUCAUCAACUGUGUCAGCUUCGCCUUCAGGUACCGCCAUAAGCAGCUCCCCGUGCUGGAGACAGGCGGCAACAUGAACCACGCACACGACUGGGUGUGGCUGGGCAACGAGGCUGACAUCCUGGCCGACCCGGGCGCCCACGCUUGCCAGGGGCCCCUGCCGGACGAGUGCACCACCAUCAUCGAUCGCAGCGAGGGGGGCUACGAGGAGAACAAGUACCUGCUGAACGGGGCGGGCGGCUGCAUGGUGGUGGGCGUCGGCCCCAUGGGGGGCCACCGGGGCGUGGCCCACAGCCAGACCCUGCCCCGCUCCGUCCCCGAGGCGCGGGGCCAGUGCCUGGCGGGGAUGCCCGUCAGCGGGAAGGACGCCAGCGGCAAGUCGGAGCCGCUCAACAACUCCCCGCGGGCCGCCGCCGCCGCUGCCGUGGCCGCCAAGCGCAAGCGGGUCAAGUUCACGUCAUUCGCCACGGUGAUGCCCAACGACGGGGGUGGGGGAGGAGGGGGGGGGAGCCCAUAUGGAAACCCCUCAGUGCGAGUGGGCAACGGCAACGAGGACGACAUCAAGUGGGUGUGUCAGGACAUGGACCUGGGCCAAUCGGAGAUCCGAACAUACAUGGAGAGGCUCCAAGACAAUCUGUGA